AUGGAGGAAGUCCUGCCAAUAAAUCAGUCUCUUCAAUUCGUUAUUUCAGCAAAUGACUCUCAGUUAGCCGAAGAAUUGCCCCUUUUCGCAACCGUUAUUAGAUUUAUACGUAUUCCCGUGUGGUGCCUCAUUCUCUGCUUUGGACUGUUUGGCAAUGUACUCACUGUUCUGGUGCUGCGGUCAAGGAAACUACGUCAGUCCAGUUCCUGCUUCUAUCUCACCGUGUUGGCCAUCACCGACAUACUCUACCUGCUAACCAGUCUCCUGGCCUCCAUCGUGAACUACAUAUUCCUCUUCCCGCUAGAGCUCAGACAGAAAUCAGCCGUGCUUUGUGUGAUAACACCUUUUCUGCACUACACUCUGGCCUACAUAAGUGUCUGGCUAUUGGUUGCAGUCACAGUGGAGCGCGCCAUAUGGGUGGUCCUGCCGUUCAGGGCUCGUCGAAUCUGCACCGACCUGACAGCCAAAAUCACGGUCACCUGUUUCAUCCUCGGAUUCACUCUUACUGACUCUCACUUCUUUUUCACCAUGAAGUACCAAGAAAUCUCACCCGGUUCAUUUGCCUGCAUACCGACCUACUUUGCAGAUCGCGUAUUCCCCUUCUACGACCUCCUCUUUGCUGCUCUGCUGCCCUGCUUCAUCAUGCUCAUCGCCAACAUUAUGAUUGGCAUAAAACUGCGGUCUAUGCGCAAAUUCCGCAGUGGCAUAAAGGCUUUCAGUGAGAACGGCGCAGCGGAGACUUCCCGGGUGAGAGUCACUUGUGCCAGCACUGCCGACGAGGACUGCAUCGAGCAGCCGCGGUCGGGCUCACUCCAAGCCCCAGGCGAGCCUCAACGCAGCAGACUAAGCGCUGCCACCGCAACAACCAAGUGUUCCAAAGAGAAAUCUACCUACCUAACUAAAAUGCUGGUCUCCACCAAUGUCUUCUUCAUCAUCAGCGUCACCCCCCUGCUCGUCUAUGAUGUCAUCUACUUUGCUGUGGACUUGCGAAAAUGGGCCGCCGUCUCGGAGGAAGUACGAGGGGCUGUGCUGUUUGCCCUCGAGACGGUGGUUUACACCCUCUGGUACACCAACUUUGCCAUCCACUUCCUUCUCUACUGCCUCAGUGGACCGCCCUUCAGGUUGGAAUCAAUUGCACUACUGAGCCGAUGCUACGCCGCCUGCCGCGCCUGCCUCGCUCCGGGCUCCGCACCGGUUCGGACACUGGGCAAGCGGCCUCGAUCAGUCUAUAAUUAA